AUGCAUCCUGGAUUCCUCUUGCUCACUACUUUCAGCUUCUACGUUUUCUCAUCAGAUGAGUUAUGGCUGACAAGAGCUCAAGGAUCAUCAAUGGAUGUUACAGCAGGGGUAAACCUCAGCUUUCAAGGCAAUUAUGUGGUAAUAAGUAACGGCAUAGUUAAGGUCACCCUAUCAAAUCCGCAAGUAUAUGUGACGGGCAUACAAUACGACGGGAUCGACAAUUUGCUCGAUGUAAUAAACGAAGAAACUAAUCGAGGGUAUUGGGAUGUUGUUUGGAGUGAUUGGGGAGCCACCAAAACCACAGGUUCCAUGGAAAGACUUGAAGGAACGCAUUGUGAUGUUAUAGUACAAACUAAAGAACAAGUGGAACUCUCCUUUUCGAGAACAUGGACUUAUUCCAACAAGGGCAAGCUAGUCCCUCUUAAGAUCGACAAAAGGUUUAUUUUGCUUCAUGGGUCAUCAGGAUUUUAUACAUAUGCAAUAUUGGAACAUUUAGCAGAAUGGCCAAGUUUCAAUCUUGAUUAUACAAGACUUGUUUUCAAGCUGAGGAGAAACAAGUUUCAUUAUAUGGUUGUGUCUGAUUAUCGAAAACGGGAUAUGCCUUCAGCAAUCGAUCGGACUCCAGAAAGAAGCCAAAUAUUAGAUUAUCCUGAGGCGGUCCUUCUUGUAGACCCCAUUGAGCCUCGGUUCAAAGGCGAGGUAGAUGAUAAAUAUCAAUACACAAGUGAAUUAAAGGAUCUUGGUGUCCAUGGAUGGAUAAGUAAUGAUCCACCGGUGGGAUUUUGGCAUAUUACGCCAAGUAAUGAGUUUAAGGUUGGAGGUCCUACCAAGUCAGAGUUAACUUCUCAUGUUGGGCCUACAACUCAAACUCUUUUUUCGAGUGCUCAUUAUGGCGGAAAUGAUAUGGUGCUGAAAUUUGGCAGAGGAGAGUGGUGGAAGAAAGUCUUAGGUCCGAUUUUUAUAUAUCUCAAUACUGUUCCAAACAGAAAAGACCUUCAUAUGCUUUGGGAUAAUGCCAAAAACCAGAUGUCUACUGAAGUUAAAAAAUGGCCAUAUGACUUUCUUGCUUCGAAGGACUUUCAAUCCGCUAGUCAACGGGGUGCCGUUACGGGUAGAUUACUCGUCCUAGAUAGGUUCAUUACUGGUGGUCGUAGUGUACCCGCAAAGAGGGCUUAUGUCGGGUUAGCACCACCGGGGGAUAUAGGAUCAUGGCAAAGAGAAAACAAGAAAUACCAAUUUUGGACCGAAACAAAUGAGAAAGGUCACUUUUCAAUUCCAAACGUAAUCGCCGGCAAAUACAAUCUAUACGCUUGGGUCCCGGGAUUUAUUGGUGAUUUUAGAAAUUCUGAGAUUAUUGAUAUUGCUUCAAGGGUUAAUAUCAAUUUGGGUGAUCUUUUAUAUGAACCCCCAAGAGAUGGGCCAACUUUAUGGGAGAUCGGUGUUCCAGAUCGAACUGCGGCAGAAUUUUUCAUCCCUGAUCCUAACCCGAAAUACCUUAACAAGUUCCUUCUCAUUUACGGCCCUAACAGGUACAGACAAUAUGGAUUAUGGGACAGAUACACAGACCUAAACCCUUAUCAUGAUUUAGUGUACACAGUUGGACAGAGUAAUUAUACAAAAGAUUUUUUCUUUGCGCAUGUCUUGAGGAGAAUGAGUACAGGUGUUUACGUGAAGACAACAUGGACGAUCAGGUUUAGCCAUUAUAAUUUCAACAAAAGUGAGACAUAUGUCCUUAGAUUGGCACUUGCUUCUGCACAUGAGGCUAAUAUACAGGUUCGUAUUAAUGAUUUACACAAGCUACCUUUAUUUUCAACGGGGAUAAUUGGGAGAGGCAAUGCAAUUGCAAGGCAUGGAAUACACGGUUUGUAUUGGCUAUUCAAUAUCGAAAUACCAGGCACCAAUCUGUAUACUAAUGGAGUGAAUUGCAUCUACUUAACGCAAGCAAACAACGGGAGUCGUUUUCAAGGAGUAAUGUACAAUUACAUCCGUUUAGAAGCUCGUCGUUAA